AUGUUUUUCUCCCGCACACUCUUCCAAGGCAUUACUAAGGUUACAACAGGAAUUACUGGUAUUCCCGUUCAUAAAAACCCUCGUCCUCAUUUGAUCCAAACCUAUAAUGCCACAUUAGAAGCAUUGACCCGUAUUCCCGCAACAGCAGUUUAUCGACAAGCUACAGAAGCUUUAACAAAACAGCGUUUAGCUAUUGUUGAAUCAACCGAACAAGUUGAAGAAAUCGAAACUAAGAUUGAUGUUGGUCAAAUUGAAGAAAUCAUUAUGCAAGCCGAGGAUGAAUUAAAGUUAGUUGGUAAGAUGGAAGAAUGGAAAGCUUGGGAACCACUUGAAACUCCUAUUCCUAAGGGUCAAUGGGUUUAUCCUACUAAGGAAUAA